AUGGCGUCACGGUUGGCUAAGAGCGCCAUCGCCCUGACCAGCGUCACUCCGGCGCGAUACUCCUCGAACGUCCCCUCCGAGGACCCCAAGAACAAGGCCCAGUCGAUCGUGGAUGCAUUGCCCGGCAACUCGCUUGUUUCCAAGACGGCCAUUCUCUCCGGAGCCGCGGGUCUGUCGAUUGCCGCCAUCAGCAACGAGCUGUAUAUCCUGAACGAGGAGUCGGUCGUUGCGUUCUGUCUGCUCAGUGUGUUUUACGCUGCGUUCAAGCUUGGUGGGCCCGGAUACAAGGAGUGGGCUGCUGCUCAGAUCCAGAAGCAGAAGGAUAUUUUGAACUCUGCUCGUGCGGACCAUACCAAUGCCGUUAAGCAGAGGAUCGAGAACGUCAAGCCCUUGAGUGGUGUCGUUGAUGUCACCAAGCAGCUUUUCGAGGUCUCUAAGGAGUCUGCUCGCUUGGAGGCUCAGGCUUUCGAGCUGGAGCAGCGAACUGCCCUUGCUGCUGAGGCCAAGAAGGUCCUCGAGUCUUGGGUUUCCUACGAGAGCCAGGUCAAGCAGCGUGAGCAGCGCGAGUUGGCCGAGUCCGUCAUUGCCAAGAUCCAGAAGGAGUUGCAGAACCCCAAGAUGUUGCAGCAAGUUCUGCAGCAGUCUGUUGCCGACGUUGAGAGAAUUGUUGCCUCCAAGGCUCAAUAG